AUGGCUUCAUCUGGAACAACCCCUUUGCUACCAGCCACACAGGCUGAUGACCUCCCUGAACCAAUAAAGGUUACCAUCCUGGAUGUUCCUAAGUUUUUCCUCGAUUCCAACAUCACGAGAUGGGGAUCAAGAGUCAAGAACUCUCUCAAGCCCCGUAUGUUGGAGAACUUGAUUGAUCCAUCCAGACCACGACCGGCAUCACCUCAACCCAUGUUACGAUGGAGAUUUUGGUCUUUCACUGUUCAUGGAUGGCUUUUCAAUCAACUCGAUGACCAAAUAAUCGACUUGAUCAAUAAUUUACCUACAGAGUCAACGUAUGCCGACGAUCUCUGGAUAGAGAUCCACAAGCUGCCAGUGGGCGAUCCAGAAGAACACGCCAAAAAGGCCACAUGUGACCUUUUCACCAUACGACGGUCAGGUUUCACCACAGCCGUGGAAUACAUCGAGGCUUGGCAAUACCAGAAUAGUAUCUGCGCAGGCCUUAAAGUCGGUAUCACGCCGUAUAUGGCUACUGUCGUUAUGCUCCACCAGCUCGAAGAAGAGCUUCCAAAAACGGUCGGCUUCUUACAUGGUCGGCUUAGUAUGAAAGCAGGGGACGCGGUCAACAUGGAUAAGCGAGAAUUCCUCGACCUCUGCGACACGCUUCUCAAUAAUGCCAAAGCUCUUCCAGCACACCCGGGCAGUAACAUUUCAGCUAAGGCAAGCACGAGCAGGACGGAAAAGAAGAACAAAAUCAAUAAAGAUCCAAAAGCUUCACCUGAUCAGAACCCUAAGGGGGAAAUUGCUAAGAAGCAGAUACGUCGAGUUCCACCAAAGGAAAAGAACCAUACUGAAUAUGCUAGAGAAUGGCGUCGACACAAUCUACAGCGGGACCAGGACGACAAUUGUUUCUAUUGCAACCGACCAAACCAUGGCUGUGCCACUUGCUUUUUAUCUCCUCGAGCACAAGCCUUCAGGGUGGGCUCCAGAUCCAUUGCACUGGUGCUUGAACUACCAGAACAUGAAGAACAGUCGGCCUUCACAGCGCGCUCGAAAAAGAACACCGAAGCAAAGGAUGGAAACACGACACAUGCGCUCCGAAGUACACAGCAUGCUUUUGCAACUUCCGGGCGAAAUACGCAAUCAAAUAUACAACGUGUCUCUUUACGUCGACUAGGCUUACCUUCGGCGAAAGACGCAUCUCCCAAAGAAGCUGAGGAUCUUUGGCUUGGUCUGGUUUUGUUCAACUUCGAAGAUGCGGAGGGUAUGCUCGACAAGCUCUCUACUCUGCCUUUGAGCACUCUUUCAGAGAUCCGUCAUUUGCGUGUCGGCGGAAGCCCAUUGAUGCUCCAGCCAAUUGACUACGAUGAUGAUGUAUACUGCAGGCUAGUAUGGGCCCUCAAGUUACUUCCAGGUUUGCGCCUGGAUAAGCUUACCGUCCUUGGGCCGUCUGACGGCAGACUUGCUUAUGAUACACUUGAUAGAUUGAUCGAGUAUGGGAAUAGAUGGAGAGAGCUCCACUUCCUCACACCAAAUUCACAGAUGCUCUGCUUUGCCAAGGAUGAUUUCCUCCCUGGCAGUUCCAUACUGGCGAAAACCUCAACCAAGCAGUUGGAAUACCAUCCUAGUCAGGCGCGCUGUCAUCAACCCGGGUACUCGCCAUCCCAGCAGAAAGUGGCCCCACAAAAUCAGGCAGAUUUCCGCGUGGCGGAAGACAGAGACUUGUCGUCCAGAAGCGAAGCAAGGAAAGAGGUUCUAGUUGUCGCUAAACGUGGUCGCCAUGCUCACAUUGCGGAACAAGUUAGCCCUCCAUAUCUGUUCAACGAUAUUCGACAAUGGGCAGAUGGUCUGACAUGGGCAAAAUUUCGACGCCUGCAAUACGGUUCAUUCUCAGGGGAUGAGGAUGAGGAUGAUGAUGAUGAUCUUGUGGAAAGGGAUCAAGACGUUCAGGCCGACAGGUACGAUGUGGUUGAUGAAUAUUCAUGGAAUCCUGUCAACUAG